AUGUCAGAGAACCAGACCAACCGGCCGCAUCGCGCCACCAAGGAGAAGAAGGCCGCACAUACUGGCGAUCGCAAUCCGAAAGCCUUUGCCUUUUCACGUCCUGGAAAAUUGCAGAAGCAGGCCGCUCGUUCUCACGAUAAGCGCUUGCACGUUCCCCUGGUGGAUCGCCUUCCCGAAGAGGCCCCUCCUAUUGUCGUCGGUGUCGUUGGUCCUCCUGGAGUAGGCAAGACGACUCUCAUCAAAUCUCUCGUCCGCAGAUACACCAAGCAGCCCAUUACUCAGCCCGUCGGUCCUAUCACCGUCGUCACAUCAAAGAGGAGGAGACUCACAUUUAUGGAAUGUCCGGCCGACUCUCUGGCUGCCAUGAUGGACGUGGCCAAGGUUGUCGACAUUGUGCUGCUCAUGAUUGAUGGCAACUACGGCUUCGAAAUGGAGACAAUGGAGUUCUUGAACGUUCUCUCUUCCAGUGGUAUGCCCGGUAACGUCUUUGGUAUCCUGACCCAUCUCGACCUUUUCCGCAAGCAGGAGGCCCUCAAAGCACAGAAGAAGCGCCUGAAGCACCGUUUCUGGAGCGAACUCUACUCUGGUGCAAAACUCUUCUAUCUGUCUGGUGUCGUCAAUGGCAGAUAUCCUGAUCGCGAAGUCCUCAACCUCUCACGUUUCCUUUCGGUCAUGAAGAACCCUCGUCCCCUCGUCUGGCGCAACAGUCAUCCCUACGCCCUGGCCGACCGCUUCCUCGACAUCACUCCACCUACCAAAAUCGAGGAAGACGCCAAAUGCGAUCGCACUGUCGCCUUGUACGGCUACCUUCGUGGCACCAACUUCCCAGCCAACGGCGCCCGAGUCCACGUGCCUGGUGUCGGCGAUCUCAGCGUCUCCAACAUCGAAGCCCUUCCUGACCCGUGUCCCACGCCAUAUCUGGAUCAAGCAAUUGCGAAAGCUACAGGCAAAUCUGGCAGAAGAAGACUGGGAGAAAAACAAAAGCUUAUCUACGCCCCCAUGUCUGAUGUUGGUGGUGUGCUUGUGGAUAAAGACGCCGUCUACGUGGAUAUCAAGAGUCAGACUUUUGACCCCGAGGAUGAUGAGCAAGAGCGAGGAUUGGGCGAACAGAUGGUCGUUGGUCUACAAGGUGGUCGCAAGCUGCUUGGCCAAACCGAGGGAGGUCUGCAGCUCUUCGGCGACGGCGAGAAGUUGACUGGCGAAGAUCUCGGUCGCAAGUCUGCUCGUGUACUGUCACGAAGAAUCGACGACGACGAAGCAAGCCCAGAGGAUGAAGGUUUCGAGAGCGGCGAUGACGAAGACGAAGAGUUCCAGAGCGGAGACUCCGAUGUCGACGAGGACGCUGACGAAGAUAUGCUUGUUCCUACCCCGAAGCGCAGGGAGGCCAGUCCUGAUGCCAUCGGCGAGGAGAUUGCCUUUGCCGACAGUGAUUCUGAUCUAGGCUCCAUGUCUGAAGCCGAAGACGUCAGCGACCCAGAGGACUACGACGAAGACGCCGAGUACAGCGAGGACGAAGACGGUAACCUUCGCUGGAAGAAGAACAUGACCGAGCGCGCCGCUGCUCUCCACCAGCGCAAGAUGCCCUAUCGCACCGUCGAGCUCGCUCGUCUUUUGUACAAUGACAUGCUAUCGACAGCCCAGGUCUUGCGCCAAUGGCGUGGUGAAGACGACGAGGAAGAAGAUAUCGAAGACGAGGAAGAGGAGGACUUGUUCGAGAAGAAGAAACCUACUGAGGCCGAAGUUGCCCUCGACCGUCAUAUCCCCGUGUACAACAGAGCUGAGCUUGAGGAAAAAUGGACCGAUGAGGAGAACCUCGAAGCCAUCCGCUCGCGAUUCGCAUCAGGGCACAUGCUCAACGGAGGUGACGACGAAGACGGAUCCGAAGCGGAGUUCAAUGGCAUCGAAGAUGAUGAGGAUGAGGGUGACGGUGCUUUCGAGGAUCUGGAAACCGGAGAAGUCCACGGCGCUGAAGAUGAGGCUCAGGCCAACGGCGCUGACGGCGAGGAAGAACCAGAUUUGGAUGCCGAACGUGAGCGCAACGCCCGAAGAAAGGAAGAGCUCAAGCUUCGCUUCGAAGAAGAAGAUAAGGAAGGAUUCGCAAACGACAAAGGCAAUGCCAAACGCGAGAGUGGCGAGGACGAGUUCGGCGAGGACGACUGGUACGAUGCACAAAAGGCCCUCAUCCAGAAACAGCUCGACAUCAACCGCGCCGAAUUCGAUGCCCUGGACGAGCAAUCACGAGUCAGGGUUGAAGGCCACAAAGCAGGAACCUAUGCCCGUAUCGUGCUGGAAAACGUGCCUUGCGAGUUUGUCGAAAAGUUCAACCCUCGAUUCCCUGUUCUCAUCGGUGGUCUGGCACCGACAGAAGACCGCUUCGGUUACGUUCAAAUCCGCAUCAAGCGUCACAGAUGGCACAAGAAGAUUCUCAAGACGAACGAUCCUCUUAUCUUCUCCCUUGGCUGGAGACGUUUCCAGAGUAUGCCCAUGUACAGCAUCUCAGACUCGCGAACUAGGAACCGUAUGCUCAAGUACACGCCCGAGCACAUGCAUUGUUUCGGAACCUUCUAUGGCCCUCUCAUCGCACCCAACACUGGUUUCUGCUGCGUCCAGUCCUUCUCCAACAAGAAUCCUGGUUUCCGAAUCGCUGCCACUGGUGUUGUUUUGAACGUCGACGAAUCCACCGAGAUUGUAAAGAAGCUCAAAUUGACCGGCCACCCCUACAAGAUUUUCAAAAACACGGCUUUCAUCAAAGACAUGUUCAGCACCUCGCUCGAAAUCGCAAAAUUCGAAGGCGCCAGUGUACGCACCGUCUCCGGUAUCCGCGGUCAGAUCAANAAGGCACUUUCAAAACCUGAAGGCAACUUCCGCGCUACCUUUGAAGACAAAAUCUUGAUGUCUGAUAUUGUUUUCUUGAGAGCUUGGUAUCCGGUAAAACCUCACCGAUACUAUAACCCUGUUACCAAUUUGCUGGAUGCGGACACAAACAGCGAAGGAUGGCAAGGCAUGCGUCUCACGGGCCAAGUGCGCCACGCUCUCGACAUCGCAACCCCCAAAGACAAAAACUCUGCCUAUCGCACCAUCGAGCGUCAAGAACGUCACUUUAACCCUCUACGCGUACCUCGCAAGGUCGCCGCCGAGCUGCCCUACAAAUCCCAAAUCGUGACUAUGAAGCCACAGAAGAAGGAGACGUACAUGCAGAAACGCGCGGUUGUGGCCGGCAAAGACGAAAAAGAGGCCAGAAGACUGCUGCAGCAAGUUCAAACGCUCAGGAACGAAAAGGUUGCAAAGCGCAGAGCUAAGCAAGAAGAGCGCAAGCAACCUUACCGUGCCAAGGUGGCUGAGAACAUUGAAAAGAGAGCAGAGAGAGAAAAGAGGGAGAAGGAAGAGUAUUGGCGCAGAGAAGGUAAGAAGAGAAAGGGGUGGAAUGAUGGUGAGGGUGGUGGUGGUGGUAAGAGAAGAAAGGGUUGA